UCUAUAAGUGACAAUUUCAUGAAAAAUAAAAGCAGCAUUUCAUUCUUGUUCAACUUAUGUUUCAUUUAUAUUCUUAGUUUUCUAACUUCAUGUUCUACUUUAUUUGUAGGAACGAAUUAUGUCCUUAGAAAAGAGUACUCGAGUAGCUUUAGAUCAUCUGGAGUCUGUUCCUGAGAAACUGAGCCUCUUAGAAGAUUUCAAAGAUAUUGGAGAGUCCCAUUGCAGGAGGGAGAUGAUUGAGGAGAGGUAUACAAAGUAUAAAGAAAUAGUGACUUCUCUGCAGCAGCAGCUGGAAGGCUCAAAACAACGAGUCCAACAAUUCAAGGAUGGAUGCAGCAGCCAUGUGGAAAUGGAUGCUGAAAUUUCUGGUAUACAAGUGGCUGCUUCUUCUUCUAGUUGGCAAACUCAAAACAACUUUUUGUCCAGCUCACUGCUCUCAGAUUCUAGCUCACAUAUGCAGAGAGUAGUCCCUUUUGAUACAAAUGCUACCAAAGAAGAUUCUGUUAAUGUUGCCAUCAAUGAAAUGAAGCUGCAAGCAGAAAGAGGGAAGCAGUAGGACAUUUUACAAAAACUCAGAAGACUUUUUUUGAACUGGUAAUUCCAUCCGCUGUAGGAGGAAACAUCCGUAAUGAUUCAAUGAUUGCCGAACACUUCAAUGAAGAGCCCCAAAAGAGACUCUGAUCAGCUCCUGUAACCUGUACACCAAAGGUUUUCUGGGACUAUGAUAUUCUUUUGCAUUUUGCUCUGCAGUUCUAAACAAAAUUUAUUCUAUCCCUGAAAUAUUAUGAAUUUAAAGAACUAUGGCAUUAAUCUUUGAUAUGAGCUUAUUUACCCAUGUACAGGACUUGUGCUGAUGUGUUAUUUAAAAAUAAUUUAAUAAUGUUAUUAAUAAUCAAAACUAUUCAUAAAAAAUGUUUGUCCUAAUAUUUAUUGAGUCAUUAUACAGUAUUAUAAAAGUACAUUCAUGAAUCUAAGUGCUUCACUUUGCAACAAUCUUUUAUGAAAGAAGCAAUAAAUAUUAAAGCCUAAUUUACUCAAAAUCAUAUCAUGUUUUCAAGCUCAGCAUAUGUCACUUGUGAGCUGUUUAGAAUUAUUCUUCUGAAUAGUUUUAUCAGAUGCUGUGGCGAAUUUGUUCUUGUGGGACCUCUGGUAAAGCACUCAAUAGCACCUGAAUCUCAGCUCAUCUGUGUCAAGUGUACAGAAGGGCAUUGCUAAGUGACUGUGAAAGUUUUACUAGCAGGGCUUAAUGAUCACUUAUUUAUUCUGUUUUCCUCUCAGUUAGAAAAGACAUGUCAUGCAGAAUAUAAAAUGCUAUGGAAAUAUAGUAUUGCAUGGUUGUAUUUGUUUGGAUGAUUCUAUUUUAAACAGUAAUGGUACAAUUCUGCAUUACUGUGAUCUCAAGCAGUACAUCACAGAAGAAUUUGCUGUCAAAAGAAAUAGCAGUUCUUCUGGUGGUCCUGAUUUUAUUUUCCAUUUUUUUUUUAGUGCUUCUGAUUGAAUCACUACAGAUGUGCCUUAAAAAUUUGCCAAAUCUAUUAGAGGACUGUAGUAACAUGAAUACCAUUGCAAUAAUUAUUUUGUACACUUCUUUCAUGCUUAGGAAGUGUUUCUCUAAAACACAGUUUUUUAGCACCAUAGGCAUCUCAGGUCAUUAUGUGCCACCUGAAAACAGGUCUUUUUUUUUUCUUUUUAAGUUUCUAAAGUUUUCUGCCAUCCCAGUGCACUCUAUAGGCUUUACAGAGUCCAUAUGGAUUCUGUCUGUUUCAAACAGAACUUCUUGCUGAGAAUAUCAAAAUUGUAGAAGGAAAUGAGAAAAAAAAUAAUAAUUUUGCUUUCAUUUUCUAUGGACUUGAUUUUUUUCUUAUUUAUUUUGUAAAGUUUUAUUUACCUUUCACGUGUGUAUAAUGCUAUGAAUUGUGAUGUUGUCAUUGACUUUUUAUACGUCUGUUAAUUCAAAAGGUUCAGAAAGCAAAGCAGUCACAUCCGUCUCUUCUCAUCUCAACAGCAAUGGAAGGGCAGGACAAACAAAUAGCCAAAUAAUCUCUUCUGGAGAAAGCAGGACAAAUAGAAUCCAAUUUCUGUCAGUGUCUACAAAGGCUAUGGACCUGAUGAAUUUAUGCUUAACUCAGGCCAGAGUAACCCAGUAACUAAACCAAGUGUAUGGUAUAUCCAACAUUUGUAAUUUAUUUUUUUAAUUAGAUCAGAGCACAGUUAGAAAUGUUUAAAGUGUUUUUUUUUUCUUCUGUUUAAACAUUAGAAAACAAGAACGUCUGCAGAUUUUAUAGUACUUAAAAAUUAUGACAAAAAUAUUUUGAAAAGUCAUUUUAAAAUAUAUUAUAAAACAGUAAAUCAUGCUCUCUUAAGUCUGAGGGAUGGUUUGAAAGUAAUGCCUCCUAUUUUAUUAUGUUGGCCCAUAAUGUCAGAAGUGGAUAUUGGUGAAAUGGCAGUAGAUGUUGAAGCUUUCCACCAAUAUUCCAUUCCAUGUUGCUGAAGGGCAUUCUGCUGAAGUUCCAUUCUGCUGAAGGGCAGAAUGGUGUCUGACAUGGAAGUGUGGGUGAAGUAAAGGGGUGUCACGGGACUCCUUCAUGGAGAAAAAACUACAUCCAUUCAUUUUCAUGGAUGCUUCUUGAAAGUUCACAGAGACCAAAUAGUGGAUGUGAGCACAGGGAGGCAGUGGGUGGUAUUUUUCAGCAGUAGUGACAGCUACUGUGGGUCACCUACACUGGUGCAGGUUUUUGUGAGUAUGACAUGCAGGCUCGUGUUCAUUGCUGAUGAAAAUGCAUGACUGAUGGUGGUGACCGUGUUGAAGAAUAGUCUUUUAUUGCUGAGAAUUUCCUCUAUGAAAUAGUGUCAUUGUGAUCUUUGUUGUAGUUUCCAUGAAAAUAAACAGGAGGCAUUACUUUUGGAGGGAGCUAUGUAUAUCAUUUUGGAAAGAGUCUGUUGCUGAUGGAUAAAGAUGUGUGCUCUACUCACUUUACUGAAGCUGAAAUGUUUUUUGAUGUAAAUCACUUGCUGGAAAAUCAAUGGAACUUGAAUGUCUCAGCUGAAAAGCAAUAUGUUUAGAAAUAACAUCCUCUCUUUUUCUUAAGGUAUUUGUAAAAAUCUGGAUAUUCAUUGCUUUUUCCAUUUUAUGUAUUUGUACAUUGUUCAUCACUUGUAACUCAAAUCUGAUGUCUUUCCUUAAAGCAGCAUCACUUCUGCUUUAUAGUGUUUAACAAUGAUGGAUAAGCAGUCUGAUCUUCCUUGCUGUUCCAUAAAAUUGUGAAUUAUUUUUUAAAACUGCAGGUGAAUAAAUUUAGUAAGGUUAGUGCUCAGUAUAUUUGCCUUUGACUGUAUGAUUGGGUUUACAGUAGAGUUCUUUUUCCUUCUUUAUCAUUUUGUAAAAGGGCUGAGGGAACAGAAGAAAAGAAAUCAAACCACACACACACACACACAUUAAUGAGAGGGGUUAUGGUUUCCAAAGCUGGGAAAUUGUUUCUUAAAUUUACCCUCUUGGCAUGGCAGUUCAGAUAGCAUGUAAUAUUUGUCUCUCUUCCACCUUUGAUAGAGGUUCAUAUUACAAAGUGAAUUUUGUUUCCUUUCUACUGAAGGCUAAAGUUCCUUUAAUGACAUUAUGUGAAACUGUCCCUUUGUGGUUUAAGCAACAAUAUUUUUUCCAUACUGGCCUGAAAUAAUAUUCCUUUGACCAGUUUUAUUUUUUAAAGUAGAAAACCAGAUUGUUUUUGUAUAAAGCAUACUGUAUAUGUCAUAUCUUAAAAAUUACUGUCCUUUCUGAUUAUCAGAAUGGAUUUUAACCCUUUGGUGACUCAUUCCUACAUUCUUUCCUAAAACAGCAGUUUUCAAUAACGUAAAAAAUGUCCUACCCCACCUAAAUUUGUGGGGUUUUUUCUUUGUUCUGUUUAGUAUUUGGUUAAUCAGGCAACUUUGUAUGUAUAUAUUAAAUAAUGGCUAUAAUCAGAUAAGACCACGUUUAUAGAGCUGUUCUGGAAUACAGGGCUUCAGUAUAGGGCUUUUAGAAAUGCACUGGGCCUUUAUUUUGGCAUCGAAUAAUUUUCACUUAACCUUCACAUUUUCUAAUAUCCUUCAGUUUUUUAAUAAUUUACAGGAAACAUAAGAGUAUUUAUCUUAAUUACUUUUGAGAAGGUAAUUACUAAAUAUUCAAGAGAGUAGAUUUGUAUUAUAUACACUUCAAAUUAAAAAUAGAUCUCAGUGUAACAAGGAGUAUUCAUCCCUUUGUGGAGUGGAGUAGAGCAAAACUGAAUCACGAAGCAAAACAAAGCAAUUUUCUUAUUUUUCUCAAAAUUUUCGUGAAAGCCAUGUUUUGGUGAUGGUGAAAGUAUUCCUUGAAUAUUCAGAGUUCAGUCACAUUAUUAGUCUUUUCAUUUGUCUCACUGACAGCUGAAGAUGAAAUUCUAUAGAACAAUGAAAAUACUAUUCUUAUAUUCUCCAAAAUCCAUUCUCUAAAUCGCCUCACAUUCAAACUGCAUUCCUAAUAUAUCUGUGCCUCUUUAAGGCCUGUAUUCCCAGUACUGAAGUCAGCCCUUUACUGGAAGCAUAACUGAGCUGUUAGGAGUGUGUUGCUUUUCUAUGUAAAGAACUAAGUGAGAUUUUAAAUCUGAAAUGCAUAUUAGAGCUGUAUACAGAGGUGCAGCAGAACAGAAUGUGAUAACCUCGAUCUUUCAGAAAUCUGUAACCUAAUGUCUCUGGGAAUGCUGACAACAAAAAUGAAAGAGGUUACUGUGGUUGAACUUCAGCAACAUUCAGCAUUAAUCAUUUGUACUAACAACAAUAGCAGCCAUGUUUCCAAAGCUGAAAUUGCAAAUCUGUCCUUACUCAGCCUGUAAGAAGGAGAUACCUGUUUUCUUGCCUUAAUAUCUUAAGAAUUUUUGAUAUCAUAUGAUGUGAGAAAAUAUGUGGUAAUGAUUUUUUUUAGUACCAAGGAGGCACCUUCUUGUUACUAUUUAGAGCUAAAUAUUCUUGAAAAUCAAUUAUUAAUGUAUUUUCAUUAAGAUACUAUAUUUAAAUACAGGAGCUGCAUAAAUAAACCUGUUUUAGGUUUAGUUCUGCUAUCUUUAUUUAGGCAAAUGACUGUUCAGUAUGUAUUUUUUCUUCAGUAGGCACAGUGAUUCUUCUUUUGUCAUCUGUUGCUUUCAUCUGUCUUCAGAUCAGAAUUGUUUUUAUCUUAGACUGCUUUUCUCAUCUGUCAUCUACAUUGCACUAGGGUGUCAAAAAGCAUUUCUACACUUACUCCACAUUAACAAUUUUGGUAGUUGAUAUGCCCAGUGAAUGACAGUAAUUAUGAAGGCAGUUGUUGCCACUAACAUAAUCUCUUUUAAUGUGAAUUCUGCCACUCUUAUUUGUUUAUUAGAAUAAAGCCUACUUGCUAAGCUACCCUCAGAUCACAUGGUGCCUAAUUGUAAUGAUUAUUCCUCCUGCAAAAGCAAAUUUAUCUAAGUUUGUUGGGAUGUUUUAAUUGCUAUUACUCAAUCUACUAUGAGUCUGUAAUGGAAAGUAAUAAAGGAUAAGUACUGUUGCAGUAAUGCUGAAUUUUUAUUAAUUUCAGGCAGAAGAAAAGGCUACAAACUGAUUUAGGAGAUCUGCUGAAGUAUGCAGUGGAACAAAAAAAUCAACUAUUACGAAGUAUAUUUCUUCAAAUUACCCUCAGUAGAAACAGUUGCUGAUAUCUAAAAUAUUUCUGAGAAGUAAUACUGAAAUUUGCUAAAGAUGGUCACAUGGUAUCAUUCUGAUAACGUAGAUUUCUGUGUCACUCACCUUGUUAAAUAAGCACUGAUCUGGGAAGUCAGCCCAAAUUACGUCCUGGCAAUAGGCUUUUCACAGAAACCACCACUAACCCACUUUUGGACUUACUGUGGAAAAAGAUCAGCAUCAGCUGUGCUUUACUGCUGGCCAAGAGAACAGUUUGCAUCUUUGGCAUAAGCUAUUUCAUCUACGCAGUUCAAUAUGUGCACCAUUUUUAAAGAGGCCUUCAGUGCUAGGUCCAGCACAGACAACACAAUCUCAUCCAAACAGCUGUGACUAUGGAGUUUGCAGAUUUUUUGUCAUGUAUUUUGACUCUCAGA